CAGGAAUUUCAUGUGGUGGCGUAAGUGCACUACAUGUAGUACUGAUCUGAUCGUAUUUUCCUAACAUAAUUAUCAUCUCUCAACAUCAUGCUAGCUUUCGCUGUCCUCAGUGCUUCUUUGUGGAGGAAAUAUUACUAAAAUUGCUGCAUGGUUUCCAUCUACCCUAGCAAUAAAUGCACUUCAAUCUCAAGAGAUUUUACCAGAUCUGCAAUUCCGUCGCUCCAGUUUUAGUUUGCAAGUCACGAACGAUGAAUUUACUCAAGAUGUGCGAAGCGUAGCAUACGUGAUGGUAGAAUUGCUCACUGGGCUUCGGGUUCAUGGGAGUCUGAUGGAAAAGAGCAAUCUACUGAGCAAAGUUGCUACAGACUCCUUAGAGCACCAGUUUUUAAGCGCCGUGCUAGCACUCAAGCCACUCAAGGAACUAUUGGCGCAUCCUUACUUCUCGACAGUUAAUCCAACAUACAACCAAGUAUCAGAAACAACGCCUGAGCAGCGGCAUAUUGUCGGAAUUCUAACAAACCAGGAGCUGAACAAGUGUCAGAUCAUGACGCGACAAUAUUUACAGCAAAUCCGGGAAUGGAAAGCUCACUUUGAAAAGAAGUAUCGAAGAAAGCCACAGCCUGUCGACCACCCGGCUGGCAUUGUGCGUCUACAAGGACGAUGCCAGGCGCUGAAAGAGCGAAUGGAAGAACUGAACAAUCGCUUGACUUCUUCUCAUGGCAGCGUCUACCAACUGAUCGAGGAAAAUGAUGCUCUAACAAUUGAUACACUCGACAUUGCCGGAUCACCAGUAGCGUCUGAAGGUAGUAGAUCGGAUUCAUUAGACCGAAGCGGAGGAAACAGAUCGCCAGCACAGAAGGCUUUCCUGAACCGAUUUGGCCCUCCUCAAUAGAUUUUUUUUUGCAUAGAGCAGUGCAAUGUUACAAGUAAAAAAAAACGUUAAAUUCAUCGAAUUACUAAGAAAGUC